AUUUCAGGCGCACAAACUGCUGACUCCCAGCAGAUAUAGAGCUACCCAAAGCGAUACGGGGAGCCUCUUGCUGAAGAUUUUCCUGAGCCUGGAGCGGUCUGUGUGUCCUCGGACAAAGGACUUUGGCAAACUUCCAGAAGGGCCCCAAGCCCAAACCUCUCCGGCCAAAGCAUGCGUCUAAGCUGAGUCCCUGCCACAUGCUUCUGAUGACGGGAAUCCAAUUUACCUCGGUGAUGUGCUUCUGAGUGUUCUGCUUGGAAUGAUGGGAAGUCAGCCCAGCAGAGGGAAACCCCUGCCAAGCCCAAGCUCAAGCCCCUCUGUGCAAAGCCAGGGCCUAGUGCCAAUGCAAGCAGGUAGGCCAUGGGGCCCAGGACAGCUAGGCCCUGUGAGGCCUCUGUGGGCCUGCCUGACCAGCCACUCCAGCACAGCUUCAAAUGUCAAGAGGAGCAAGGCCACAGCCGUGGCCCUGAGCAGUUACCCGGUAGGUGAGCAUGCAGAGCUGUCACUGAGACUCGGGGAGCCAUUGACCAUCAUCUCUGAGGAUGGAGACUGGUGGACGGUGCUGUCAGAAGACUCAGGAAGAGAGUACAGAAUCCCCAGCAUCCAUGUGGCCAAAAUCUCUCAUGGGUGGCUGUAUGAGGGCCUGAGCCGGGAGAAAGCUGAGGAGCUCCUGCUCCUGCCUGGAAACCCCGGGGGAGCCUUCCUCAUCCGCGAGAGCCAGACCAGGAAAGGCUGUUACUCCCUGUCGGUCCGCCUCAGCCGCCCUACAUCCUGGGACCGAAUCAGACACUACAGGAUCCAGCGCCUUGACAAUGGCUGGUUGUACAUCUCACCGCGCCUCACUUUCCCCUCACUCCAGGCCCUGGUGGACCAUUAUUCUGAGCUGGCUGAGGACAUCUGCUGCCUCCUCAAGGAGCCCUGUGCCCUGCAGAGGGCUGGUCUACUGCCUGGCAAGGCCUUACCCCUACCUGCAACUGUGCAGAGGACACCCCUCAACUGGGAAGAGCUGGACAGCUCUCUCCUGUUCUCUGAGGCACCUGCAACGGGGGAGGCAGCCCUCCUCAGCGAGGGGCUCCGGGAAGCCAUCAGCUCCUACAUCAGCCUGACUGGAGACAUCUCCUUGGAUGAUGCCAAGGCUCAAAGCAGAGGCCGAGAGGGGAACCAAGGCUGUAGUACCUAGAACCCAACUCAGCUGAGCCUGGCUGGGAACCCGAGGCAAGGCUGUACACUGAGGCGGGGAGGGCUGGGACACAGAGGCCAUGCAGGAUCCCACUUGUAGCCUCUGCUCCUUCCUUUUUCAGCCCUAAGAAGUUAACCUCGUGCCGGUGCUGUGAUCCCACCCCCUGCAACCUCUGGCUCAACUACAGAUCAGUUGAAUGGGGCCAGGGCUCCAGAAAGAAACUAAACCUCCUCUGGGGUCUGACCCACUUGGUUCCUUAGCUUGGGAUUUCCAGGACUAUCUUCUCCUCUGCCUGCUGAGUCCCAUUCUACACCCCACCACCCCACCACAAGGUACAACCAACCACUAGUAUCAAGGAAAAAAAAACAGCAUUUUAAGAAAAUUUAUAAGUCUCCCUCAGAAUAGGAUGUGUUCUCAAAGGGACAGGAAAGCAGAUGGGACAGCUGGCUCACCACAGCAGCAGAACCCGGGCUGUCUACCUGACCCCUCAGAGCAAAGGGCACUUCCGACAGCCAAGGUCCUCAAAUAUUUCCUUUAAGCCCCUUCUCUGGAAAGUCCCAGCUCUCAGACCUCUUACUUCACUUUAUGGCUUAUCAUCUGAAUGUAGACAAGCUUUCCUGGCUACAGUGGCCUUGCCAUCUUGUGGCCAAAUGCAAAAUGACACCUGAGCCUAGCACACUGCAGUUAGGUGAGUCAUACGUCUCACUGGGCAGGGGCAUCAGAAGGUGGUGAGCCCUCUCUCCACAAAGCCAAGGCCACAGACCACACCAACUCCAGCCCUUGAUUUCCCUGCUGCUCAUUAAGGGAAAGGGCCCUACCUGGAGCUGCCCAGGGAGAGGAAGAAGAGGGAAGAGGGAAGAGGGAAGAGGGACAGGGAAGGGCAGACUGGGUUCUGAGGCUCGAGGUGAGGUGGGAAAGGCUUUACCAAGCAUCAUCAACAGGUUCUCAAUUAAAGAUCGAUUUAUUCAAGUAUCUGAAAACAUUCUACAACGGGAACUGUUAUUCGAUGCUGCCUGUACUGUGCUACGGACAUAACUGCCAUACUGUUUUCAGGAGACUUGAAAUGCCACUGAUAGUUUAAAAACUGUACACCUGGUGGAGAAGUGAGGAAGACAAUUUAAUAUUUCAUCCAGAUCCAGAGGUGCAGCAAAUUAAAUGACAGCUCCAGUCAGCAGAGAGGUGUUUCAUGAUGAUAUCCAAGAAGAAAAGUUGGUGAUGGACAAUUCAGAAAUGCUU